AUGGCAUUGAGUGACCUCCUUUACCCAGAUAACCCCAAAAGAAGGCAAGAAUUGAUCCAUCUGCACCAGGAAUUGCUCGACUGCAUGUCCACAAAUUUCCAUGCAACAAAUGAGCUGGCUGGAGUGCUGAAUGAACACCUGGGCUGUACAAUUACCCUCAUUCAGAUGAAAGAGAGCAGCACUGUCAAGGAAAACUGUGACAUCAUCAUUCAAGCGAUGAGUGAGAUUCAGCAUCAAGUGCAGAAGAUUGAUAGUGACAUGAAGGAAAAGCUAGAGCCUGUGCUGUACCAAAAGCUGUAUGACAUCAAAGAGCCUGAGUUGGAGAAAAUUGCAAUAGCCCAUAAAGUUUUUUCUGUUGUUCUUGGAGAAGCAACUUCAACAGCUGGGAUGGUAGCUAUCAAACUUCUUGGCUCCAACCUUAUAACUCUCACCGUAAGCAAGCUCGUCAGUCUCCUUGCACAGAUUGGGGCAUCUGUUCUUGGGGGAAUCAGCAUCACCAUUCUUGGGCUCGGCAUUGAAAUGAUCCUUCAUGCCAUCCUGGGAGCCGUGGAGAGGAAUCAGCUUCUCACAGCUGUGAGAAGCUAUGAGGAGCACCUGGCUGAAUUUAAAGCAGCCUCAGAAAAGUACCAGCGUGCCAUAAAUGAAGUGACUUCUUUGGUGAGACAGCAGGUUCAGUGAAUGAAGUUGCAGUUCUCCUUCCUGCUGUGACAGUGGCUGCAGCAGCUAUGCCUGCAGAAACCUUUUCAAUUCAUUAUGGUAAAUGAACUACUGAUGGCUUUUUCUCUUAUUAGUAGCAGCAGAGCAAGA